GAUCCCCAUACUCGCACGGUCGCAGUCUUUAGGCAUUUCUGUUCUCUCUCCGGCGCUCCCCCCCUUUUAUCAGUAUCAGCUCCGCCUCUCUCUCUCUCUCUCUCGGAAGCUCAAAGCCAUGGCCACCAUAGCAGCGUCCGUAGCCCGCCAAGCCGCAACCCUAAGUCGGGUCUCUUCUCCAAAGACAGCCACUAAUUUGAUUCAACGCCGCGGUCUCGCCGGCGCUGCUGAUCACCAUGGUCCCCCAAGGGUUAACUUCUGGGAAGACCCAAUGAGCCCCUCUAAGUGGAAGGAAGAGCAUUUUGUAAUUGUCUCUUUAUCCGGUUGGGGCCUGCUCUUCUUUGGAGGGUACAAAUUCUUUACUCGGGGAGGCAAGAAGGAAGAGAAACUGGCGGAAGCAUCACAGUAACGGUUCGAGCUUCAAUAUUGCGGAUCUGCUUGAUAAUAAUGUUUUUCUUGGACUUUGACUUGUCUUGGAAGUUUUUUUUCUUGUUAGCAAAAACAACUGUGAUAGUUAAUCUUGAUUCAUUGCAGUAAAUUGGCAUACUUGGAGGUCAAUUUGAUUUAGCGUGAGGUCGUCUCUCUCCGUUUGCUUUGUUCUUUGGAAGUUGUCUUUUGUGUCGAGUGCACCAAACCUUCUAUGCUUGCAAUAAUGACACAACUUCAUGUUCAAUUUUUA